AUGGCAAACCUCGUCAAUCGGCCCCUCGCCGCCAAAGCUCUGGCUGUUCUUGCUGUUGGUGGGAUCGGCACGUACGCAGCCUCAAAAAUCUUCAUCAAGGAGGCCUUUGCACAGUCUCCUGAUCUGGAGCUAAAGAAGGUAUUCGGUCGUGGGCCGGCGUUGAAGUACCUCCGUCUUCAUAGUUCCGAGAGUGUCAAUCACAACACGAAGCGGCUGCGGUUUGAGCUGCCCGGUGGUGAGCGCUCGGUAAGCGGGCUUGGUCUGACGUCUGCGCUCCUCACGUUCUCCAAGCCAGAGGGUAGCUGGCUCCCCGUUGUGCGACCUUACACUCCUGUCAGCAAAUUAGACGAACCCGGCUUCGUUGACCUCCUCGUCAAAAGGUAUCCUGACGGAAAGGCAAGCACUCAUCUUCAUGGCCUCAAGCCCGGCGACAACCUUUUCAUCCUUGCGUCUCUGCCAGGGUUCAAAUGGACGCCGAACAAGUUCUCGCGCGUAUAUCUCAUCGCCGGCGGUGCAGGGAUAACACCCAUCUACCAGCUGGCGCAAGGGAUCCUCGACAAUCCCGCGGAUAGCACGAAAGUGACCGUGGUCUUUGGCGUCAAUACGGAAGAAGAUUUACUUCUGCGUGAGGAAUUUGACGCGUAUAAGCGCGCGCACCCGGACAGGCUUGAUGUCCACUACACCGUCAGUCGUCCAGGAAGCGACUUCAAGCCGGAUCAAGAACUGCGGUCAGGGUAUGUGAUCAAGGACGUCCUUGCGGAAGUCAUGCGUGGGCCAGAGGAGGCCAACACCAAGGUAUUUGUUUGCGGACCCCCCGCUAUGGAGACGUCGCUGGUUGGAGGCGGAUUCGGGAAGCAGAAGGGGAUUCUGGGAGAGUUAGGAUAUUCUAAGGAUAGAAUCCAUCGGUUCUAG